GUAAAGCGUUGCAGUUUUCAGAAAUACAGCCAUAUAAACAAGAAGAUAUUAAGUUUGAUUCUAAAACGCAUCCUUAAAUUAAUACAGUAUCAAAAACUAUAUUAAUACGUAAAUUAAAUAUUAUAUGAAACCAUAAACCAAAUGGGUCAUUCUCUUUCUAACAAGCUUGUCUUAGUUCUCAUUUCGAGUUUUUGUGGAUUAUCCAUCGUUAUUAGCAACUGAAAUAAAGAGUCAUUUCAUAGUGAAUCAAUUCUAAAUCAACUUACUGUUUUCAUUUAGAUCAUUUCCAAAUAUUGUAAUGCCUUUUGUUGGAGGAAUGUUAUUAGAUAAGUAUGGAACAAGAAGAGGCAUAUUUGUAUUUAUGCUAUUCAUAAUUUUUGGGACAUGUUAAAAAAAUGUUAAUAUUAGUUCUUUGCUAUUUGUCAAUUAUUUUGAAUUGCUUCACACUGAUGUUGAUUGGAAGAUUUUUUAUGGGGUUGUUUUUAGAAAGUUGUUAUGUAGGAGUAUAUAAAAUUUUAUCGAAAUGGUUUAAGGAAGCAUCUUUUGCAUAUAGGUAACAGUAACUUUAUUGUAAGCGUUGAUACAGCAUUUAUUUGUGGUGGAACAAUUGCAUCAACAAUUCUACUACCUUAUUUAGUCAAUAACUACAGUCUAGAUACAGCUAUUCUAUCAUGUUUAUUACUAUGCACAGUAUCAUUUAUUGGACUCAACACAGUUACUACAAUAGAUAAAUUUUAUGAAGUUGAAACUAAAUAGGAUACUAUUCCUUAGUUUUCAUUUGCAUUACUAACUCAAUUCAACAUUGACUUUUAUGUAAUUGCUAUGAGUUCGAUAUUCUGCUAUACAAGUUAUUACAUUUACUCUUAUAAUAAUGCAGAAAUGUUUAAAUCAAUGUAUGUAUAUUUAAUUUUCAUUCAUUAUUAUUAGGUAUCAUUUAUCUUCCUAUUCUGCAGCUACUCUAUAUGGACUUCCAUGUUAUAUGGCAAUUUUUAUAGCUCCAUAUUUAGGUCAUCUAGUAGAUAAACAUGGAUACAGAAUGCAAGGUUUACAAAUAACAAGUCUCAUUCAGUUGAGUGUAUUUUCACUAUUAUAUCUAAUGCCUAGUUGUGAAAGUACUUGCUUAACUAUCCCAGCAAUAAGUUAAUUAUUGAAUGGAAUAUUCUUUGCUGCUUAUGUUGUAACCUUAUGGCCUUGCAUUUAAAUGGUGGUCUCUCCUUAAUUAUUAGGGACAGCAUUUGGUGUUGUCUAUUCUAGUAUAAGUCUUGGAAUUUCUUUGGCAUCCAUUUUUAUUGGUAAAGUUGUCCAAGAUGAAACCUAAUCUUCCUAUUCCAAUAUGUUAGGAAUUCUAUUCCUUAUAACCUUCUUAGGUGCCUCGAUGAAUUACCUAUUGUACUACAGAGACAGCAAAUAUUUCAACAAUAAAAAAUAUGUGAUCUCACAAAACAGUACAGAAUUGGAACUAAAAAUGCUUGAUUGA